CAUCCCGUGAUUAAUGCUUCACAAUGGUGGCGCGUGUACUCUCCUCAAAAACCCUCACUUCAUUUAUCCCCUUUUAACUCUCACUUAAGUCUUUACUCGACUGUUGGCUGCUCACACAUUUUACUAACACACUCUAUCUAUCUCUUCCUCUUCUCUCCAUUUAGAUCUUCAUACAUUCCUUAUUUUCUCUUAACACAACCAAACUUGAAGUUUUCUAUAAUCAACUCAAUGUUGCUUCUAAAUCCAGCUCUUUUCUUCAUUGUAGUGUCCCUCUUUUUGGGCACAUUAGAGUCCAGACUAACUCUGGACUACUACGCCAAGACAUGUCCUAAGUUCAGUCAGAUCAUUCAGGAUACCAUCACCAACAAGCAGAUCGCCAGUCCCACCACCGCCGGUGCCACCAUCCGCCUUUUCCUCCAUGACUGCCUCCCCAACGGCUGCGACGCCUCCGUCCUCGUUUCAUCCACCUCCUUCAACAAAGCCGAGCGCGACAACGAAAUCAACCUCUCCCUCCCCGGCGACGGUUUCGACACCAUCGUCCGGGCCAAAACCGCUCUCGAGCUCGCCUGUCCAAACACCGUCUCCUGCGCUGACAUCCUCGCAGUCGCCACCCGCGACCUUGUCACCAUGGCCGGCGGCCCUUACUACCCGGUCUACCUCGGCCGCCGCGACGGCCGCGUGUCCAGAUCCUCGGACGUCGACGGCAACCUCCCUAAGCCAACAAUGCCGAUGUCUCAAAUCAUCGAGAUCUUCGAGAAGAGAGGAUUCUCCGUUGAAGAAAUGGUGGCGCUCAGCGGAGCUCACACCAUCGGAUUCUCUCACUGUAACCAAAUCAGCAACGAUCUCUAUAAUUACAGCAAGUCAUCGAACUAUGACCCUCAGUACAACCCUCGCUUCGCGCAAGGGUUGCAGAAGGCGUGCACCGAUUACGAGAAGAACCCGACGCUGUCGGUGUUCAAUGACAUAAUGACACCCAAUAAGUUCGAUAACGUUUACUUCCAGAACCUUCCGAAGGGCUUAGGGGUUCUGAAAUCGGACCGUGGCCUCUUCGGGGACCCAAGAACGAAGCCUUUUGUUGAGACAUUCGCUGCUGAUGAGACCAAGUUUUUCAAAGCUUUUGCCAGUGCCAUGCAGAAGCUCAGCCUUGUUGGGAUCAAAACGGGCAGGAAGGGUGAGAUCAGGCGCAGGUGUGACCAGAUUAAUUAGUUCAUUUUUAUUUUAUUCUUUUUCAAUAUUCAUAGACCGGUCAAUUAGUGGGGGAAAUAGUUGCUUUCAUUUUGGAUCAUAAGAAGGUUAAUUUUCUCUCUUGGGUUUUUGUGACAACAUAAGAUAGUAAUGUUUAUAAGGUUCAUGAUAAUUUAUUAUACUACUUCCCCCAGCACCCCAUUUCUCUACCUCUUUGAAUUUGUAAGCUAAAGUAUGUGCAGAGUUAGUUUUGGGGUUUGUGUGGCCUAUUCGCAAAAUUUCUCUGUUAUUGCCAUGAUAGACGGAGUCUGAUUUAAGUGUUAUAAAAAAAAUAUAAUGAUAAUAAAAGCUCUUAUUUUUUCUCUAGCA